ACAACAAGAAGGAGAAGCUUGACCUAAAAUAAACUUAAAAAAGAUAAAAUAAAAUAAAAAAGAAGGAGAGACAGUUAUCUUUGUUGCAGCUGAGUACUGAAGCAAGAGCUUGGCGCCAGGACUUGAAAAAAAAAAAGAUUUUGAUGGCAAUUUCCACCUCCUUUGUGCCUGUUGUUUCUUUCAAUUCUGUCUCGUCCUCCCCCUCCUCUUCUUUGCCAUGUCCUUCUCUGAGUUCUUCGAGUGCCCGUUACCGUGGUUUGAUGGUGAGUAAUCAGCGCUUGCGUGGGCGAUUGGUUGUUAACUGCUCAUCUUCUGAAAUGGGUUCCAGUUCUGACUCUGCGAAUGGAAGGUCGUUUAACAGACAUACUCAAAUGCCAUCUAUGGCUCCCUAUGGGGUAACAAUGAAUGGAAAUGGCCAGUCUGGGCCAUCUUAUAAAUGGCAAAGGGUCUUACUUAAAGUAAGCGGGGAAGCACUUGCUGGAGAUCACACGCAGAAUAUUGACCCAAAGGUAACAAUGGAAAUUGCAAGAGAGGUUGCAUCGGUGACUCGCCUUGGCAUUGAGGUAUGUUCAAUGCUUUAGAUUAGAGAAUUGUAAUUUGCAUGACAUAUUAUUUUUAUAUACUUGAAGGCAGGGGCGCACACACACCCACAGAAGUUUUAUUAAUAUUUUCCUUGCAAUAUUAUUGUAGUGUGAUGUUGAUGAUUACAACAUCUGUUUUAUAAAGUUCAACUUAGUGAAAUUUGGG